CCGCGGUGAGGCGGGCGGGCGGGAGGCAGCGCGGGCCUUAGCGGUCGACCGCCACCGAGCGUCGUCUGGGCACUGCCCGUCGCCGAGCCACACGCCGUGCCGGCUCGGGCCGGCGCGCGCCGGUCCCGGAGGCGCAGGCCACCUUCUUGAAAUCAUGAAUCCUGUUUAUAGCCCUGGGUCUUCUGGGGUCCCCUAUGCAAAUGCCAAAGGAAUUGGAUAUCCAGCUGGUUUUCCUGUGGGCUAUGCAGCAGCACCUGCCUAUUCUCCUAACAUGUACCCUGGAGCGAAUCCUACCUUUCAAACAGUGCUGGAGAUUGAACCCAGGGUCUUGCACAUGUUAGGCUACACUCCUGGCACACCUUACAAAGUGUCCUGUUCUCCAACCAGCGGAGCUGUUCCACCAUACUCCUCUUCCCCCAAUCCUUACCAGACGGCUGUGUACCCAGUGAGAAGUGCCUACCCCCAGCAGAGCCCAUACGCCCAGUUGUCUCUGUUUUCCCCACAGCAAGGCACGUACUACACACAACCUCUGUAUGCAGCACCUCCUCACGUCAUUCACCACACCACAGUGGUGCAGCCCAAUGGCAUGCCAGCAACAGUCUACCCUGCUCCCAUCCCUCCUCCUAGAGGCAGUGGGGUCACCAUGGGCAUGGUUGCUGGGACCACAAUGGCCAUGUCAGCAGGUACCCUGCUGACUGCUCAUUCUCCAACUCCUGUAGCCCCUCACCCGGUCACUGUCCCCACAUACCGAGCCCCAGGAACACCCACCUACAGCUAUGUGCCCCCACAGUGGUGAUUGCCCUGCAAAUUAAUAUUUGAGGAUGGAGCUGUGCAGUCUUCAUUGAGUUCCACAGCUGGUGCUGCAGGCCUUGUGCCUCCAACCAGGACUUUCUUCUUACUGCUCCGACACUUAGCUAAACAUGACUGCGCCCCAGCCCAGCAGGUCCCAGCUCGCUAGUCUCCAACUAACUCUGGGUUGGUUUUAAAGCAAAUCCUGUUUUGUGGACUGCCUGGCAAAUUUUUUAGCUAACUGUAAUGAUAAAAAGGGAGUAUUACUCUAUUCUGAAUCAUAUCUAGUUGAAUGCAUGUUUAUAAAAACAAACAAAAACAAAGCUUGCUCAAUCUACCUGCAGUGACUGAUGCAAAACCAUCAUAUGCAAAACCCAAAGGACUGGAUCACAUUCCCAGCCUGUCACUCAUGCACCUCUGUGAUGUACGCUGAGUCUCAGUUACACUCGUGCAAGGGAUGUCCUCACUGAAGGGUGGGGAGUGCUGGAGGGGACUCUCAGGGUGCUGGGGUUGCCAGGUAUGGACACAGACUUGUAGCUUUCAGCAGUCUGUUUUUUUGGCACUGACUGACUGAUCCUGAAGGGAGCCGCAGGGACUGGGGGAGAGAGAAAGAGAGCGCACGCCUGCAGCAGCUCCAGACAACAGCAGCAGCAGGGAUAAUGGGGUCCCUCUCCAUUUCAGCUGGAGUGUGCUCUGGAGAACAGGGAUCUACCUGAAACUUAUCAGGAAAUAUAGGAGCUUGGUGACCAGUCCAGCUGGGGUGAAGAGUGGUCUGUGUGUCAGAGCAGGGUCUGCCAUCCGAGUUUCCUCUGUAUGUCUUACAGGAUAAUGUUCUGUGUAUCUGUUGGGACUGUUGGGAAAGUCCAUUAUAGAAGUAAACUGUCUUCCUAGGAGGGAAGAUGUCAAAGAGAAGCAGCCACACUGAGGCAGUGUUGUCUUUUGCUUUAAUUUGCUUAGGGAACCAUUCCCCUCCCCCCCCCCCCCCGAGAAUAUUUGAGUCAGCUAAAGACACAGGCACUGCUGUAUUCUCCCACAAAGAUUUCAGCUGUGUGUUGUGGAGAGUGUUGUACAUUUAAGACUGGUUACAAGGGAAUAAGUGUAUUUUUAAGUUAGUUCCUCAUGUUUCUUGUAGAGAAGCAGAGCUGUGAUUAUGUCUAAAAAUGUAGAAAUAAUGUAGCUUGUCUUGGGGUCAUUCACCUGAGGCUGACCUCUCUGACUAGCGGGGUGAGGCCUGGGAAGCCUGCAUAAGUGGUUUGUGAGCCUCUUUUGUUGCCACUCUCUUCUGUCACUGAAGGCACUCAGUACCAAGCAGAUGUGAAAAGCGGAAAGGGCCAGGCAGUUCAGGAGUGCGUUUGCUUGGAAGGUUCUGUGGUGGGAAAGAUUUUGAGUGUGUACAUGAGAAAUCACAAGGGUUCCUUUUGCCUGAAUAUGCCUGACUUGAAUCUGUGAGAGUGUUUCUGUUCAGUGUGGGUCAAAGGGGCAGGGCCUGAGGACCUCUCUGGGGUCUGUCAAUUGGGGGUGAGUUUUGCAUCUUUUUCAGCCCCAUUGAAUUGCUGGGGCUUUGGUUGGAAGGGGUGCUUGUCUCUGGUAGCUAAGUCAGGGCUUCCGUGUUGGUAUAGAGGUCGCCACAGUGGCAGUCAACUUGGCUAGAGGAUGGGUCACCUGAAUAUGGAACCUUUGGUGACCUUAUUUUUAUAGUAAUGCUCUCCAUAAUUUUUUUUUAAGCAUUUUAUUUUUUGAGAAGUUUAGGAAGAUUACUGCAUGGAUCAGUGUGAACAGAAGAUUCCUCAUUCCUUAUGUCCAUGAACAUAGAAAGUUUAUGGAUGAGUAUGUUUAAUUGCCUCGUGAGCACUUAUGAGUGAGUGUGUGUGUGUGUGUGUGUGUGUGCGCGUGCGUGCGCGCGCGCGCACGAGCGCGGGCAUGUGCGUGUGUGCUUGGAUGUGCAUGUGCAUGGGGAGAGGGGUAGCACAAGAAAGCACACAUUGCACAGAGAUAGACAUUUGCUGUAGCACGCAGCCUGCAUCCGUGCUUCCGUGUUGGGAUCCCAUCCCUGUGGUGGAUCAUGUGCAGUGUUGGGAGUUCUAAGUUUUCCCUGGACACAUCAGACAGAAGGUGACUAAUCCCAGGUGAAUAAUCACAGCUCUUUAUAACAAAUGUACCUGUGAUUUUCAUGUGUUUGAAAAAGUUCCCUUUAUCCAUCCCCAACUAAACAUAGCUAUCUCCCUGCCUGGAAAGGGUAGAGUUGUUUGCCUGCAGCAGAAAGUUACCAAGACUUUGGGUCUGCUUGCAGCAGCACACAGUGUGUGUAUCCACAGGCCCUGAGUUCUCAAGAGAGAGGGAGGGGCUGUCGCCCUCCUGAUCACAUCAGCUUCACACACUUGCCCUGGAACUGUUGAAAUGGAGUGAUUGUCAAACACCUCUGUAGUAUACAACUCACCUGGGUGCAAAUCGUGUCUGUUUUGAAGCUAUCAGGUCAUCACUAUGGAAUCUGCUUGUGAGAGAUCCGUACCAGGUGAAAAUCUGGAUAUAUGGAUGGUAGUGAACUGUCACAGGUGGUGACUUUAACAACAUUCAGUUUCAGUAAAAUUAAGGAACAGGAUUGGGUCAGUAUUCUAUUACAUGGCUGCACAGGUAUCCCAAAACAUUGAGGAACAUUCCAAGACAUUGUGCUUUCUAUGAGUGUGACAUUCCAUUCCUGACUAGAGUCCUUCAGCUGAAUUGACAGGCAAGCAGAGCAUCUGAUCCCUAUGGACACUGACAUCGCUGUUAAGGGUGUGUGUGUGUGUGUGUGUGUGUGUGUGUGUGUGUGUGUGUAUGUAUGUAUGUAUGUAUAUGUACUCAAGCUUAUGUUCUGCUGUAUGUAUGUAUGUAUGUAUGUAUGUAUAUGUACUCAAGCUUAUGUUCUGCUGCUGUCCCUGAGGCUAGGGGGCUUCCUUCCUCGGCUGCUGCUGAUUGCAGUGUGGCGUUGUGGAGUAUUGGAACCUAUGAGCUCCUUGACUCUUGAGAAGCAAACCCACCAUCAGAAUUGGGUCAGUUAGGCUACAGGCAUGGAAGUGGCCUCGGGAACUGUUGUCUCUGUGUUGUGGUCUUCCUGAAAGAACUGUUGAGUGGCUGUUGACUACCAGUUGCCAUUCCGAGUAGCAGCUUGUGAGUGUUUUGCAGAGGCAGUGUUUGCAUUGGUUGUUGAGUGUCCUACCUUUCUUUAGCCAUGUACCUGGUGUGUUUUGUUGUUUUGAUGGAACAGGAGGCUGGAGGAGCAGACUGAUGUUUUUAUGGUACAGUGAGAGGAGAGUCAUUCUCCAGGAGCGGGAGGCUUGAGCUUCCUGGCUUCUGAUUCAACCUUUGAGUGUGCCCAUGGUUGGGAGAGGCUGGCAAGCACCAGCUUUACACAGUGGGGCUGUCUCAGAUUUCCUUAGUUCUCCUUCUGAAUAUUAGAGUUUAGUAUUGCUGUGGGGCCACCUUCUUUCAGCAACUGGCAUCUGUACUUGUGGUCUAUCUGGCAUUGCCGGGUGGCGCAGGACCUCCCAGGGUGCAGUGGCAAGUGUGGCAGCUACUGGUCCUUUCCUCUGGUGCUUUGAGGGUUGCGGAGGGCAAGCGUGUAGCAGAGCUUCCUCUCAUGUCCAGCACACCUCCCAGGGUUUGUUUCCUGAGUUGCUUAUUCCUGUCCUGUCUUCUGUACUUGAUGGAGUGAUAAUGUGGUCUCAGUAGAACAGUAAGUAACAGUGCUUCCCCGUGUCUUAACGGAGUCUUCUCUUCCCUACCCCUCCCUGUUCAUGUGAAGAACAGAAAGCCUGCAGAAUAAAUCUGACUAGAAUCAUGGCAUGGGAGGCAGCAGCUUUUCUGUCCAAGGACUGCACUAGCUGCUCGUGAGAUGUGAGGGCCUGGUUGGGUAUACAGGCAGUUCCCAGGGAGGGCAGUGGUUGCGUCUGGUGCAGACUGUGGGCAGUGUAAUAGAGCAUUUGGGACAGACUGGGGGCUGGCUCCCAGCAGGGUUACUGUGGCAGCCGGAGGCCCCAAAGAGCCUGAUAGGCUGUGACCAAACAGAAAAGGUUCUUUUUUUUAAACUUUUUUUUUUAAAUACUCUUUUUUACACUGUUGUUGGUACUUUUUUUAUGCUUAAGUCAGCAUUGUCUUCCAGUGUUAAAGGCAUCCCUUGCCUCUUCAUGGAACUUAUGUGUCAGAACAAAGGGACGGACACUGUCCAUCCCAAGCCAGUUCAAUUAGAUGUAAAUUCACACGGCUUUAAUUUUCUAUGCAGUCUGAUGAGUAGAUGAGCUCAGAUUUAAACCCUUAAAAGCACGUUUAUUGUAGCCAGAAUUGUUAUGUAAUUAAUACUGCAGUUUUCAAUAAAGAUUGACUUGUGUUGCA